CCGGAACCAGGAGAUGGGGUGCACGCCACCUCGAGAGCUCCGACGCGGAGGACGAGCUUCACUCUGCAAUUGGCCUCCUCGCGCGCAAGCAACGCCCGGACACCCGCCGAGUCUCAGUCUCACAUACGCCCUCGUCAGCUUCAAUGGAGUCCUCGUCCAACCUGGCCCAGCUGCGUCCGCACAAGACGCGUGAGCUGCUCGCUGCUGCCCCCAAGGUGGCGCGUCACCAACAGAGCGUCUUCCAAAGUAUGUGGAUCGGCGCCACCGCCGGCAUGGGCGGCAUCAUCGCCGUGUACCCCGUGGACGUGGUCAAGACGCGCAUGCAGAACAGUCGCGUAGCCACCAGCGCUGUGCAGACGCUCACCACCAUCUUCCGUAACGAGGGCGUUGGCUCCUUCUACAAGGGAUUGGGCCCACAGCUGUGCGGCACCAUCCCGGACAAGGCCGUGUCUCUUGCGACGCGUGAGUUUGUCAAGAGCUUCUUCGACAAACCCAACGAGUUCAAGGCCUCGCUCACGUCCGCUGCAGUCUCGGGUGUCAUGCAGUCCAUCGUUAUGAACCCCGUCGAGGUCGUGAAGGUGCGCAUGCAGCUGGACAGCACCUUGAAGCCACUUGGAGUCAUCCGCGAGCUGGGAUUGCAGGGUCUUUACCGUGGAUACACUGCCUGUCUCUCUCGAGACGUCAUGUUUGCUUCCACGUACUUCACGCUCUACGAUAUGGCUAAGACGCAGCUUGGCGUGCAGGACGGCACGUCACUGGGCUGGUCGAUGGUUGCUGCCUCGACGGCUGGUAUCCCCGCUGCCUUCCUGUCGACUCCGUUGGAUCUGCUUAAGACGCGCAUGCAGUCGCGUGACGCUACGGUCCAGGGCUUCAUGAACACGUACAGACAGGUGACGGCUCAAGGUGGCAUCGGCGCGCUCUUCUCCGGAUGGGGACCUCGUGUGAGCCGCAUUGCACCGCAGUUCGGCAUCGUGCUGGUGUCCUUCGACUGGCUGUCGCACCGUUUCACCCCCACUGUUGAGCACCUUCCUGAGCCUGCAGACACAGACGCCUACGCCGACUACUAAGCAUCUCGCAGUCACGACCGCCACUCAACAGACCAGCAUAUCAUACGAACAUUAGUCCAUGUUUUAAACUUAUGAGAAAAAUAAUACACCAAACGCGUGUGGAAACAACGAGUACCCAUCAAGACAAGAAGUAUCCAUUACUCAAGACAACAAGACUCUUAUGACUACAUCAUGACAA